AUGUCACAAAAUAAUGUCCCUUCAGUGAUAUUUUUCGAUGUCUUAGGGACUAUCGUUGAAUGGAGAUGCUGCAUCGCGAACGAGCUGAAUGCCACAGCACAAAGGGCUCUACAAGAUAAAGCUCGAAAUACGAGUUCCGAUGUGCGAGCACGUGUCUCUGAAAUGUCCACUUCGAAGUGGCAGGAGAUCUCUGCGGAGUGGCAUCGCGCAUAUAUGAACUUCGGAGACAAUUACGAUACAUCUAAGCCCUUUGUCUCCGUAGACGAGCACAACCGCAUUUCCUUGGAACAGAUCCUCACCAAACGGCUACUCCGGGAUUUAUUUAAUGAGGACGAUCUCGAUCAUUUGACACUGGCUUGGCACCGACUUGACUCAUACCCCGACAGUGUGCCAGGCCUUGAGUUGCUGGGUACUAAAUUUCCGACGUCUACAUUAUCCAACGGCAAUGUGAAACUCCUCGAAGACUUGCAAGGACACAAUUCCUUGCCUUUCAAGCAUAUCACCAGCGCAGAGCAUUUCGGUGCUUACAAGCCAUCGCCAGAGGUCUAUAAUGGUGCUGCUCGCAGAUUCGGUUUCGAGAAUUCGCAAUGUUGUCUGGUCGCAGCCCAUCUUGAGGACUUGCACGCUGCCAGAAAAUGUGGGUUCCAGACUAUUUAUAUCGAGAGACCCUUGGAAGAAGCUUGGGAUAGUAAAGAUGUUGAACAAGCCCGAGAAGGGGGGUUCGUCGAUCUUUGGGUCCCAGACGGAGGCUCAGGUCUGAUUGAAGUUGCUCAACAUUUUGGAAUAGAAAGUGGACUUUAA